ACUCUUUAGUCACCUUUUGCUUGGACCCAGACGGCCAGACUGUCAGCUCCAACGGACAAAUCCCAAUUCACCCCACAUCCCUCGAAAAGAACCCCUUUUUGUUUUCGUUUUUGGCGCUCGAUACCUUUAUUACCAUUCGAACGUCUUUUGGUUGUGGACUUGUGGUCUCGUAGAGUGUAGACCGCAAUACGUUAUUCAGAUAUUGUGUUUCGUGCCACUGCAAUUAGACGGUUAAUUUUAUUGUAAUAAUUUUUUUUUCAUUUCAUAUUAGGCGACAAGUGUGUAUUUUUAUUUCAUCCUUUUUUAAACCUGUUAGCCGGUUUAUUCUUCUAUAUUUAUUUUAUUUGUAUCGGAUUUACCUACUGCCUAGCCAAUUCAAUUAUGUCGUUUGUGAAGAGUAAAAUCAAGCGUUUUAACGAAGUCUCGAGUUGUGCACCACCACCUGGAACAUAUGAUCCAAAAAGUCCAUGUCCAAAACUUGUUAAAGGUUCUAAAUUUGACAAAGCAGAAAGAUUUAAAGAACCUUCUGUUCCACGAACUGCCAAAAAACCAGUAAAAGUUCACUCAACGUUUAAAAUUGCAUCAAAUUUCAGUUCGCAAAGUUCAGUUUACACAGAAUGUUCUAAAAAAUCUAACACCACCACAGAAUCUAACUCAACAAGAAUUGGCUCAACGAAAAUAAGAGCUAAACAUCUUUUGGAAUUAAAAAAACUAGAUUCUAACCUUACUAAAGCUCUUGUUGACAUUGAAAAACUAGAUGAUUCUAAAAGUACUACUGACACGUGUAAAGACUACAUUAAUACAUGUCGCAGUGCUUGUUCAGAGGCAUUGGAAAACCGUGUGUGUAGAAUGGUCAUUGAAAACUCCCAAGCUGCUUUAUAUGCAGUUUGCCAACGUUUACGCGAAACAUGCAAACAUAAUGAGAUUUUACAGAAUGAAAUUGCGCGUUUGCAAGAAGAAAUUGGUGAAAAGAAAUCCUUUGAAAAAUUGGCCGCUGAACAAAUAGCCAUUGUUGAACAUAAACUUACUGAAAAAGUUAAUGAUUAUAUGAAGAUUUCUGAAGCAGUCAAAGAUAAUUGGUUAGCUAAAAUGAGAUAUAUUCUGGUUGCUUUGGAUGAAUUAGAAUCUAUGGUCGAUGGUGAAGUAAAAGACAUUAUUCAAAAACUUAAACUGGAUAUAGAAAAUACAGAUCCAGAAGGUCCAAACUACAAACAACUUUUAGAGAAAUAUGAAAAAACACGUGACAGAAACAUUCAACUUGAAGAAAUUGCUAAAAAACAUGACGAUUUGGAAAGAAAAAUAAUUGAUUUGACAAAUGAAAAGAAUGCGAUGGCAGCUAAAUUACAAAUUAAUCAACUAAAGACAAGUGGUUUAUCAAAGAACCGUUUAGAUGCUUUGGCCACACCUCGCAGACGUGUUGAUGCUGAGAAUAUUGCUCCCAAAAACAAAACUUAUGUACUUAAAAGUAAUACUUUUAAAACUGUAAAACCAGUUGCUCAGUCUUCUCCACUGAGAGAAAUGAACUGGUAAUUUAGGUUUAAAUGUAUUAUUUUAGAUUAAAUAUUAAUUAUAUCUUUCUUUUUUAUUUUAAAAUUUAAUUUUAAGUUUUUAUGUUUUUUUUUUUUUGUUCUUAGUAUAGAAUUAAUGUUUGGUAUUUGACUGAUUAAAAGUAAAUUGAUUAAAUAUUGUUUUAAUUUCCAAUGUAAAUAAAUAACCAUUUGAAAUUUUCAACUCUGUUUAAAUGAAUGUUUUAAUAACAAUUAUAUGACGUACAAACUGACUCCA